UCGUCGUGCUUCGGUUAUCGCCAAGCAAAAAAUGUCUGCCUAAGGGAAACUCACAAGUUACAUAGUGGAUAUUUGCAAUAUACAGUCGCAAAACAAACCGAUUUCAUUAUCUUUCCGACGCGAAACAAGGACACCUACGCCGUCACUGGUACACCCGAUCGCCCUAGUUGGAUUUUGACAACGAAACAGAUUUAGAAAAGGAUCGUAAGGAUGAACCCUCAGCAGCGGAUCGCCGCUAUCGGGACGGAUAAGGAGCUGAGUGAUCUGCUGGAUUUCAGCGCGAUGUUUUCCCCACCAGUAAACAGUGGAAAAAACAGGCCGACCACUCUUGGAAGCAGCCAGUUCAGCACAUCAGGUAUGGAUGAGAGGACAAGCCAAGCAUCAUGGGCCUCAGGUGGCCAGUCCAGCCCGUCCUAUGAGUCCUCCAGGGGGUUCGGAGGCAGCACUCAUUAUGCUGAUCACUUGAGUGACAGUCGAUUAGUGUCCCAUGAAGGAUUGUCCCCAACACCUUUCAUGAGCUCCGGCAUAAUGGGCAAGUCUGAGAGGCCUCCAUUCUCUGGUUAUGGAAGAGAGCCAGGCGUCUCUGGAUGCCAGUCUAGUCUGAGGUCGGACAUGGGGCUGGCAAGCCCAGGGCCCGUCACCACCUCUGGGAAGUCGCCCACUCCGUUCUACUCUUAUACUGGCUCCAAUCCACGAAGACGUUCCCUUCAGGACUCUGCUUCACUGGAUCCUCUGCAAACAAAGAAAAUGCGCAAGCCCCCUCCUGGCCUGCCUACAUCUGUGUAUGCACCAUCUCCCAGCUCAGAUGACUUCAACAGAGACUCUCCGUCUUACCCGUCCCCCAAACCCCCCAGCAGUAUGUUUGCAAACACUUUCUUCGAUGGGACCCACAAUUCCUCUGACCCCUGGAACUCGUCCAGUGGGAUCAGCCAGCCCGGCUAUGGGGGGAUGCUGGGAGGAUCUUCAUCUCACAUGCCACAGUCUGGAAACUACAGCAACCUGCACUCACACGACCGCCUGAACUACCCGCCACAUUCAGUGUCGCCCACAGACAUCAACGCUAGCCUGCCACCCAUGUCCAGCUUCCACCGCGGCAGCGCCAGCACCUCACCCUUCGUCACCGCAUCUCACACCCCACCGGUCAACACCGCGGAGGGUGUUAUGGCUGCUGCCAACCGAGGAAACGCCGCUGGAAGCUCUCAGACUGGAGACGCGCUGGGAAAAGCCCUGGCUUCGAUUUAUUCUCCUGACCACACCAGCAGUAGUUUCCCCUCGAACCCCUCGACUCCAGUGGGCUCUCCCUCUCCUCUGACGGCUCAGGCGGGUGCUGGCUCAGCAGGUACAGUGGUGACGGCCAGCGGCCCCGCAGGAAGGGCAGGUACAGCUCAGUGGCCCCGUGCGACUGGACAAGCACCUUCCUCCCCAAACUACGAGAACUCCCUUCACUCUCUGAAAAACCGUGUGCACCAGCAGCUUCAUGAGCAUCUGCAGGAUGCCAUGUCUUUCUUAAAGGAUGUCUGCGAGUCUCCGAUGGAGGACCGGCUGGACAGGCUGGACGAUGCAAUCCGUGUCCUGCGGAAUCACGCCGUGGGCUCCACUGCCGCCCUGUCCAGCGACAUCCACAGCCUGUUGGGACAAGCGCACAACGGGCCAAUCUCAGCCAUAGGCAGCGGUUUCCCAGCUUCUGGAUUGGUCACCAACCGAACAGCACAAAUGGGCUCUGUUCACCGCGAAGAGACCGUCAGCCUGAACAACAACCACGGCGGCCUGCAGGCCACCGCCGGUCCCACCUCCAGCUCGGAGCUCAACCACCAGGCAGACACAUUCAGAGGAAUCGCUAGUGCUCUGGCCAGUCAAGUUGCUCCUUCUCUGGACCUGAAGAUUGAGAAUCAAGAAAAAGACGACAUGCAUGAUAACCACUCCUCUGACGACCUCAGAUCAGAUGACGAGAGUGAUAAAAGGGAUAUGAAGCAGAAUCGGGGAAGCACUCGAGCAAGCAGUGUCAAUGAAGACGAGGACCUGAACCCUGAGCAGAAGGCAGAGCGUGAGCGAGAGAGGAGGAUGGCCAACAACGCCCGCGAGAGGCUGCGGGUCCGGGACAUCAACGAGGCGUUCAAAGAGCUGGGCCGCAUGUGUCAGCUGCACCUGAAGAGCGAGAAGCCCCAGACCAAACUGCUCAUUCUUCACCAGGCCGUCGCUGUCAUUCUCAGCCUCGAACAGCAAGUCAGAGAGAGGAACCUAAACCCCAAAGCAGCCUGCCUUAAGAGGAGGGAGGAGGAGAAGGUGUCAGGGGUUUCAGGUGACCCCCAGCAAGCCCACCCACCUGUGCACCCGGGCCUAACAGACGCAUCCAACCCCAUGGGCCAUCUGUGAACAGCCAGAUCAAAUGGAUCCCGAUGGCGUGUGUUAGACAGAGUCGGUGACCUUGCUUUCCACGGGCGGACGGGACUCACAGUUUGUGACACAAAUUUGAAAAGACAGACCCACUCGAAGCAAAAUUCCACCGUUAAGCAAUCCUGAGAUAGAAGAAAACUGGCAAGUGCCCAGCUCCCUGUGAAGACAUCCCAUAUCGAUAAGCAACGUUCUGCCCACCAGAGAAAAAAACACCAAACAAAUCAAGCAUCAAAGCCCCUCCGCACAUAUCGCUGUCUGCAGAAGCCGUGUGCCGCAGCUGUACAAUCAGAGACUGUCGCCACCCCUCCACCCCGUACGUGGAAGUUGCCUUGUGCCUAAACUGAAUUGACGAAUGCAUUGUAACAGCAAUUUGUUCUUUUCUUUUCUUUUUUGUUGGUUUGUUUUUGUUUUCCUAUUUAUUAUGUUACUGAGCUGUAAGUCUAUGCUUAAAGGGAAAGUUCUGACAUUGCUAUGAGAAGCUGGUGGCGUUUCAGUAGAUCUGCAGUUUGUCCGUCACAUCUGCGGUCCGCUCGGCCAGAUUAAUAUAUAUUCAGAUCAAAUUCCGUGCCCUUGUGAAAGAAUCGGAUGCGUCUAAAAAGACAAGGAAAAAGAAAUAAUAUAUUAUUUAUAUUUAUCAUACGUUCAUUCCGCAAAUAACAGCAUGAGAAACCAAAACUACCUAAUUCUUUAUAACGUUUGUUGAUAGUGUAGCGUCCUUGUCCUCGUCGCAGACUGAAAGUUAUGAGUGAGGCGGAAUGGGAUCCGCCUGUGCGUUUUUGACCGGAUUCCCUGGAGGCGACGGUGGAACGGCAAACUCUGGCUUUACUGAAAGGUCAAAGGUCAAACAAGCUGACAUGUUUAUACUCAUUAGUGAGCAGUACAGAUACGGAAAGCAGAACGUUACAAAACCCCAGCAUUCCCUGCAUAUUUCUUAGUGUCUUAAACGGGAAAGGGGACGCAGUCUCGUCCUUUUGAUUCCUUUGCCAUAUAGUGUUAAGGGUGAAGCGAUUCAGUUCGUUUGUUUUCAGACGUUACUUUAUUUGGUCGAAGAGCCGUGGUUAUGCCGAGGGCAUCUGUACUGACGAAUCUGUUAUACCGCGAGACGUGGAUUUAAAACGAAGACCAUUCAUUCACCUGGCCUGAAUUGAAGUUUUGUUUUAUGUUCUUUUGUUUUUCUAAAACCAGUAACAACUUUAAAAAUAGAGAAAAAAAAAGUAGUAACCACAUGUUAUAUGUUUAUUUGUAAUUGUAUACAAAGCAUCUCUCUAGGCUUCAUAGUAAAGCGUAUAUUUGUCGUGUGAAAAUAGAAGGAUGUUCUAAGAUACUUAGAAUGGCUUUGUCUUUCCCCUCAUGCAUUGAAAUACUUGAUACUUGAUCAGCAGAAUGUGAGCGCCAUGUCUGUUGGAAAAAGAGAAGCUCUAUGAAUUCAAAUGAUUUGAGGCGUCCAAAUCAGCAAACAGUGGAAAUGAUGAACAAAGCCAGUUUGGAUCAGGAUUUUUCUCUGCCGUUAUUUGUCGUCUAUGUAAACCUGAAGAGAGCAGCAGUCACCACUUUCAUUUUAUACUUCAUACUAUGUUUUUCUUUGACCAAAAAUGUUUUCCUCUCUUUUCUGUUUGUCUUCCAUGCGUUCACACAAUUGAAAAAAAGACUGCCCCAUUCUCAUAUGAACCACUCUCUCGAAUACGAAGAACAAAACUUAAUGAAAGAUUUCAGAAUAUCAGCAUUAUUUUCCUUCUGUGUUCUUUUUUCUCUUUCUUUGAUAUGUGGGGAGUUUCCUUCCUUAACAAAAUUAUCGUGAAAAUCCACUAGUCUUUGUGGCCUUGUUAUACAUUUCAGUAUUCAAGAGCUUGUAUUUUUGCCGGCUGAAAAUGAAUCGAGGAUAUGAGUCAUCUCUGUUGUUUUGUUUUCCCUGUUUUUUCCCCUUCUUCUUUUUCUUUUUUCUCUGUUCUGUUUUUCCUCUGUUGGAUAUGUUAGAUUUUGCUGUAUGCCCUGAUGCUUUCCCUCAUAACAAGAAAAUUAUGAAAAGGAUAAAAAAAAAUCAUUUGGCUUAUUUUUCACUAUAGUUAGUCUUUUAUACAAUAAUAUUGUAAGAACAUUUCUUGAAUUCUGAAUAUUACUCUUUCUAGAUUUUUGAAAUCAAAAGUUUUGAGUAAAAAAGUUUCUUACUUUAUUUUACUAUAUUAGAUAGUAAACAAAAAAAAUGUACGGUUAUUUACCAUAACCGGUCCAUUAUUAUAAAAAAGAUUAUGGAUAGCAUCUUAAGAACAUAAGUAGGAUUGUAGCUGGCAGUCUAGUGCGUGUGGGGUAUUGUACGAGCUCUCCAUCUCUGUCUCCAGUCUGCAUUGUUGGUUGAUGAACGAUUUGUACCCAUGUCAAAAUUCAAGGUAUUGUCAAUGCACAUCAGAAAACCAGCAGUAAGAAGUCGAAUUCUUUUUUUCUUUUUCUGUCUCUUUAACAGAAAACACAAUAUGUAUAUAACAUUUAUGUAGCAAUAAAUGUGCCAUCUUUUUUUAA